AGUUCCCUUGAAAGUGAAGUAAGUGAAGCAAAUGAGAACUUCAGUGAAAGCAAAGCAAAUCAGAACCCUUGUGAAAGCAAAGCAAAUCAGCACCUCCAUAAAAGUGAAGCAAAUCACAAUCCAAGCGAAAGUGAUGCAGAUCUGAAUCUCUGUGAAAAUGAAGCAAGUUUGAACCCCCAUGAAAGCAAAGCAAGUCUGAACCCGCAUGAAAGUGAAGCAAGUCUGAACUUGCAUAAAAGUGAAGCAAGUCUGAACCCGCAUGAAAGUAAAGCAAGUCUAAACCUCUGUGAAAGCAAAACAAGUCUGAACUCCUGUAAAAGUAAAGCAAAUUUGAAUGUUUGUAAAAGUGAUGCAAAUCUGAAUCUCUGUGAAAGUGAUGAAAAUCCAAAUCUUUGUAAAAGUGAAGCAAAUCUAAAUUUCUGUAAAAGUGAAGCAAAUAAGAACUCUCCUGAAAGCAAAA